CAAGGGGGCAACUUGGGUAAAUUACGGGGCAUAAGCAAGGACUUCUCUCCCGCUCACCAAAAUGGUCUGUCUGUCCCAGCUUUUAUAUAAUCUUCUUCAAAACCCUAAAAGCCAAAACUGAAUAACAAAACCCAACAGACACAAAGAUCAGGCAGCCUUUCUUCACCUCCCAAAAAAAAAAAAAAAAAAACUCUUUUUUUAAAUUUCAAUGCCCAUUUUGGGAUUUUCAAACACUUUCUGAACCUUAAGUUUUCGAGGGAAAUAAGGUUUCUCCCACUACUACUGUCUACUUGGGUUUUAUCUUCUUCACCAUUUUGCAGGUCUGGUAUGGAAUCUCAUAAGUGAUUAAGCUGUAAAUAGGCUUUUUGGUAUAUUAUGGAGGACGGAAGGGAUAUGGAUGCUAGUGUGGCUCUGUGCCGUGAUGGGUUGGGGCAGCAUGUUGAUAACUCUCAAGUAAGUGAGAUAUCGGGUGAUGAGAUCGUUGAGAUAAUGGACUCAUAUUUUCAAGAUAUCAAUGAUCGGUUGACUAUUUCUAGGAUGGUGAGUGACUCUCUCAUAAAGGGCACGGUUGAUGCAGUUGAACAAGAAGCAGAUGAGAAAAUUGCCCAGAAAGAGUUGGAGGUGAAAAAAUUGAAGCAUAUGCUACAUCUUAACCAUGUGGGUGCAGAUGAAAAUGAAUCUUUGGGAUCUGCUUUGACACACCAUGAGUCCAAAAGCACAAGUCACCACAGGAUGUAUUGCAACUGUCCAGAUGCUUUUGUAGAGCACGAUAGAGUGAAAGAAUCUUUGGGGAGCCUUAGAAAUGUGGCUAAAGAGCAGUUCAAGAAGCUCAAGAAGGCAAUUGACGGCAUAAGAGGGUGUAGUUCUAUUAGGAAGAUUAAUUCUGGUUCUGAGCUGCUGGGAUUGGGUGGUAUUCUUCCGGAGAAGGCAUCCGGAUGGAUUGAUGUGGAUGAAAUGCUUGAAAGUCUAAAUGCUACUUUUGACAUGGUUCAUGAACAAGUGGAAGAUAUGUUUGGGUUGUCUAGGGAAUCAUUCUGUUCAUGGCAACAAGAGCAAGAGUUUAAAGCAGAAAUUGAAGGUAUGGUAAUUAAGAAUUGCAUUUGGAGUCUUCAAGAAGGGUUUGAAGAAAGACUUUGGGAUCAAAAUGUGCAAUUUGGUGGUAAUGAAAAUGUGAAUUGGCUUGAAAAGAUUAAUGAUAUCUCAAGUUUACGGCAGGAAUUGGAUGCCAUUUCAAAAUCACUGUCUAUUCAUGAAAGUCGGCCACUAACUUCUCUGGGGUCCAUAGAGAUUAGUGGGGAGUGGAGUAAUGAUAAAAAGGCUGAUCAUUUCCGCAGCAAAAGCUUAAGCAAUAGUGUUUCAUCGUCCACUUUGAUUUGGGAAGGAAAUGGCAAACAUGAAGAUUCAAAUAGUAAUAUCCCAGAAAAUUCAGAUCCUGUCAAACUAAAGCAAAUGUCAAAAGAUGAAUUGAUCACUGAGAUGACCAACAUGAGGAGAAAUCAUGAGUCUAAAGUGCAAGAGAUAACUGAAAAAAAUUUUAGACUGAUGCGGGAAAUAUUGUGUAUGAAGGAAAGGGGAUCUGCUUCACCGUUGAAGAAGGAUAAUGAGCUUGACAUAUUAAAGAGAAAAAUUCCCCAUUUCAUUUCAAAGUUGGAUGGAAUUCUUGUGGAAAAUAAGAUGCUAUGUGCAUUUAGUGAAAAUGCUGAAAAUCUUGGCAGUUUGAAGGACAGACUGGAAUCCCUUCUUUCAGAAAAUCACCAGCUUAGAGACUUGCUUGCAGAUAAGAAAAAGGAAGUCACAUGCCUUUUAGCACAAGUUUCUGAUGCUGCAGAUAAACUGUCUCAGCGCCAACUAAUGGAGGCAAAGUUAUUGUAUGCUAUAGAAGAUGCACAAAUUAAAGCUUUAAUUUGUGAAGAUGUUUAUAAAUGUGUUCUCAGGGAGUUAAUUGGCCAAAUUAAAUGUGUCACCGAGGAGUCAGAUUUGAAGUGUAACAUCGUGCGAGAAAUUUAUGAAAUUAUAUUAAAUGAAGCUGCUUAUCUUGCUAAACCUAGAAGCAACUCCAAUAUUGAAGAUUCUGAUAUAGAGUCCAUUACCAUGCAAUGGCUGUGUGGGAUUAUAUUUGAAGAAGCCCUGAAAGAUGCUGAAGAGAAAGUCAGUAACUUGAACAUGAAAUAUACUGAUGAAAAUAAAAUUCGAGUUACUCUGGAAAUGGAGGCACUGCAAAGAGAAGAAGUCUUAAGAUUGGAGCUUGUGGAUAAGAAAAAACUAAAGCAAGGGAUGCGCUCACUGGAAGAAUCGAUUGAAGAAAAGGAGAAGUUAGUGCAGGAAACAACAGUUGCAUUGGCAAAUGAGAAAGUGCAAUCUGAGUUAGCUUGUCAAGAGCUUGAUAAUUUACGGAAUCAAAAGAUUAAGGCAUUAGAGCAAAUUGAAACAUAUAAGGCGGAGAUAUGUGAGUUAAAUCAGAAGCUUGAACUAAGAAUGAAAGAGUUGACGGAAGUUGAUGAAGAGAGAAGAAUGAUUCAUGCUUUUGCCCAAGAGAAGCAGAAUGCGUUGUCAUUGGUCAACAAUAAAGAGAGGGAGCAUCAGAAGCAAAUGGAAUUAUUAGUUGCUCUUGCACAGGGAUUGUCAAAUGCGGUUGCUGGGUUUGAACGUAAAGUAACAGAAAAUAUAUCAAAUAUAAGUUUGAGGUUGGAAAAUUUGAGUUCUGAAUCGCGUUUGCUUAUCCCAAAUGCUAAUGUACUUCGAAGAACAGGGUUGUCAUACAAGCAGGCGCUUGAAAGGAAAUGUUCUGACCUUGAAAAGGCUGAAUCUGAGGUUGAUCUUUUGGGUGAUGAAGUUGAUGCUCUUCUAAGCCUUCUUGAAAAAAUAUACAUCGCACUUGAUCAUUAUUCACCAAUAUUGCAGCAUUAUCCAGGAAUUAUUGAAAUCUUGAAGCUGGUAAAAAGAGAAUUGAGUGGAGAAUCUACUAGACCAGUUUGAUUUUUCUUUCAUUAGGUGCAAGGCUACAAAUUUUGGUUUCUAUUGCUGCAUGUUUGGUUAUUGCAGCAUCUUCUGGGAGUCAUUGCCGAGCAUCCAUUGCCUUUAUUAAAAUAGCCAAACAAUAGAAGAACAUACCGGUAUAUUUGAGCUUUAAAAGAUAUUCCUCUAUUUGAGGUUUUUUUGGGUCACUAAAGAAGGAUUUUUGAAGAAGAUACAUAGCUUAUAUAUAUAUACGAGAGUAGCCAAAUAGUUACAAUUGUAUGGGCAUGGCAACUUGGAGGGUUUUGUGGCACAGAAUUGUCAAAUUUUUCUUUUUGUCCUUUGAGCAAUAGGCAGUUCCCUAGUCUCCAGUAAAUCAGAGAGGAAUUUUUUCUUUUCUUUUCUUAUUCACUUUCCCACUGCUUUAUAUGGGUCCAUAGCUCCUAAUGUAUAUGCGUUUAUAAAAAGUAGUUUUUAGUUUUACAAGGUAUAUUUAAAAUCCUCUCACUAUGCGAGGUAAGCAUUUUGUUGGUUUUUGUUCUCACAUACUUCAGAGUAAGAAGCGAAAGUUAUUCAUGUGGGUUUUGUUGGGGAGAAGCUUGGUGGAUAACAAAAAGUGAAAUAUGUAGAGCCAAAACACAAUCUUGGUUCCUGAAUUAUGUGUUAGAUUUCAUGCUUGCAAUAUUGAUUAUUUUAAUUUAGUCCUUA